UCUCCUCAUCCUGUCUGCCCUCUUCCGCUCGCCGGUCCACCGCUAUUUUUUUGCUCGCCCUCCAACCUCCUGUGCACUCACUCUGCCCCUCCUCAUCCCUUCCAUCAGGAUCCCUGAAGUCCACCCGAUCCAAAGCUAGUUAAGGGAGAAUGGUGGAGGAGGCUGCCAUGGACCGGGGAGGCGGAGGCUCCCAUCGAUGGACUACGACGAGGAGUCCUCGCGUGCCUCCCCCUUGACACAGGUCCUCCUCGCAUCUUGCUUUUUUGGCUCACUCGGUUGGUCGUUAGGGUUUUGUAUCUCCGAUUUGGUUGCUGCUGUGUUGCCUCACCCCGAUGUGUGAUGACGGUGGUUGUCACCGUGGAUGCUUUUCAUAGAGUCGAUGGAGAGGCUGGAGCUCGGUGGGGAUAGGGACUGGUACAUGAAACUGAUGGAGCGACCAAGUGAGGUGGACUGCAUUUACUACGUUCGCUUGGGCUCAUGUGGCUACGAGGAGCGCUGCCACUACAACCACCCCGGCUGUGACCACGAUCAUGUUGCAUCAAUUCAGAUGAAGGCUGUUCUUACCCAGUUAGCUGUUCAAAAGACGUUGCAGAUGCGACCUACUGACAUGACUGAUGAUAAGUGCAACAUUGUGGAAGAAAUUGAGGAGCUGUAUAUGACGAAGAGUCUUGCAAACAAGCUACGUCUUAAGGAGCGUCUUUACACUAUUCACAUGUCAGAAGGUACAUCUGUGCAGUCACAUCUUAAUGAAUUUAAUUCAAUUAUUGUAGACAUUGAGAGUCUUGAUGUGAAGAUAGAUGAUGAAGAUAAGGUGAUUUUGUUGGUAGUCUCAUUGCCCCCUUCUUUUAAGCAUUUUAAGGAAAUUAUGUUUUAUGGUAACCAUACUUCACUGUCCUUUGAGAAUGUUAAGUCAAAUUUGUUGUCCAAGGAAAAAUUUGAUGUUGAUUCUCGUUCUGAACCCAAAGGUGAAGGUUUAAUUGUCCGGGGAUCUAGAGAUCAUAAAUCCAACCUUUAUUGUCGUUAUUGCAGAAAAAUACUCAUCAUAUAUCUCAGUGCCCCAAAGUGAGAAAUAAAGAGGAGAGAAAGAAAAAGGAAUUUGAUAAGUCUUCUAUUGAAGCCAGUUUUGUUGAAACUUUGGAUAGUGGAAAAGCUUUGUUUGUUGCCUCUGUUGAAAAGUGCUCUUCUUGGGUUCUCGAUUACGCUUGCGCUUUUCAUAUUUGUUCACAUAGAGAUUGGUUUUCUGAUUAUGUUCAGUCUCAUGCUGGUGAGGUUGUUAUUGGAGAUGGAUCCACAUGUGAGAUUAUUGGAAACAACUCUAUUUAUAUCCAAGUUCAUGAUGGCAGUAUUAAGAAACUUAUCGAUGUCCGUUUUGUUCCAAAAUUGAAGAGAAAUCUUAUUUAUUUGAGCGCUUUAGAAGCAAUGUGAUUCAAUUUUGCUGCUAUUGAUGGUGUUCUUAAGGUUUCUCGUAGCAAUCAUAUUAUCUUGAAAGGCAACCGUUUGAAUAAUCUCUUUUACUUGCAAUGUUCAACAGUUGAUGCUGAAUCUAUUUCUAUUGCGUUCUAGAAGAGAGGUUAUUUUGAUGAUACGAAGCCGUGCUCCAGUUCCAAGUCUAAUGAUUCCUUAGACUUGGUUGAUAUUCAAAUUUAGCAUCCUAGUGGUGUUUGGGAAACAAUUCUAUGGAUUUAUAGUCAAGGGGAGAUUUGUUGGAAUAUGCCUCUAAUUCCUUUUAUAUAUUUGGAAUGUCUUGGAAUAUGCCUUGGAAUAUUCUUUCCUGUACGCUUAUAAAUAUAGGCCCUCCCUGUAACUUGUACUCUGCGGUUAAUAGUGGAU